AUGGCGGAGCGCCCCAGUGUGCUGCUUUUCCCCAGCCAGGCAGCUGUGUGCCAGCCCGCCGACCUGAGCUUGCCACUUUGCGCCUCUGCGGAAGGGGACAGCGGGGACCCCAGGGGCGUGAGCCAAAAGAGGCGCCUGGGCCUUACGUGCCCCUGCUGCCCCGGCUGCUGCCCCUGCUGCCCCGGCUGCUGCGGCUGCUGCCCCGGCUGCCCCGGCUGCCCCGGCUGCGGCUCCUGCCCCGGCUGCCCCGGCUGCCCCGGCUGCGGCUCCUGCCCCGGCUGCCCCGGCUGCCCCGGCUGCUGCCCGCCCAGCUGCGGCUGCUGCUGCCGGAUGUGCUGCUCGGUGCCAAGGCUCCUCUGCCGGCUGCCCAAGCUGGCCUGCUGCCCCGUGCACCUGCGGAGGCUGCUGAUGGUGGUGCUGGUCAUUGUCCUCGUGGUGGUGGUGAUUGUGGGGGCCCUCCUGAUGGGGAUAUUCAUCGUCCAGGCGCGCACAGAGGCCCUUCUGCAGAUGGCAUUUGAUGGCCCAGAAGGGGGCUGGGCUCAGCUGAGCUUCCCCCUGGAGAUGGAAGAAGCGAUCACUUUCUACGUGGAGGAGGGAGCCCGUGGCCCAGCCACGGUCGUUUAUGAUCUCAACAAGCUGCUGAUCGGCUACAAACCUUCACAAGGCGAUACCUGCUACAUCACCAGGAUGGACAAGGAGAACAUCCAAGGCCUGGAUGCUGCUGUGAAGGAAUUCCAGGUCAGGAGUCUUGCAGGACUCAGAGGCAGCUGUGGAGUGGUCCUGGGAGACACGGUGUCGACCCAGCCACCCGUCCCGUCCCCCACGCAGAGGCGGGAGAAGAGGCGGGGGCAGCAGGAGGCUCUGCCCUCCUCCCUGGUGGAUCGCGCCACCUUGGGUGCCACGCUUAACAUCCUCUGCCGUCGUGUCCCCAUCCUGUGGGCUUAG